AUGCCAGGUGGCUUCUGCCAUUGCCUAUCUCCACACGUUCAGGCCUACCAUCGUCCAUGGGGACUUGGAAACGUCUUGAUCGAUGAGCAUGUGUAUGCAAUCAUCACCGACUUUGGGCUCUCUAAGGUCAUUGAGGAAAUGUCUGACACCGUCAGCAAGGGCAUCUCUUUCUUUGCUGGGUCAACUGGGUGGAUAGAGCUUAUUAUGUCACUGGUGGAAGACGAUGGGAAAAUUUCUCCCAUUACUAUGUCUAGUGAUGUGUAUGCAUUCGCUUCGGUGUGCCUUGAGGUGGCAACUGGACGGCUUCCCUAUCCUCACAGAACAAACGACCAUGCUGUAGCUCAUUCGAGGAGUCAAACCUGCCAGGGGAGCUCGCUGCCUUGUCCAAAAGAGCGUGGAUGUCAUUUGGGAUACUCUAGAUUGCUGUUGGGACGCCAUUGA